CGUCACGACGGGACGGCGCAGGGAGGGAGAUCGUGAACGCAUCUCGGAGUCACAUGACAGCCACCGCUGUUGGGACUGCUCUGACACACAUCUCACAAUCAUGCCGACCACACAGCAGUCUCCCCAGGAUGAGCAGGAGAAGCUUCUGGACGAAGCUGUGCAGGCCGUCAAAGUCCAGUCGUUUCAGAUGAAGCGAUGCCUGGACAAGAACAAGCUGAUGGAUGCGCUGAAACACGCCUCCAACAUGCUGGGGGAGCUGAGGACGUCCAUGCUGUCUCCAAAAAGCUACUAUGAGCUCUAUAUGGCCAUCUCUGAUGAACUCCACUACCUAGAGGUCUACCUCACAGACGAGUUUGCAAAAGGACGCAAGGUGGCGGAUCUGUAUGAGCUGGUCCAGUACGCAGGCAACAUCAUCCCCAGGCUCUAUCUGCUCAUCACAGUAGGAGUGGUGUACGUGCGUUCCUUCCCGCAGUCUCGGAAGGACAUCCUGAAGGACCUGGUGGAGAUGUGCCGUGGGGUACAGCACCCACUCAGGGGCCUCUUCUUGAGAAACUACCUUUUACAGUGCACCCGCAACAUCCUGCCAGAUGACGGCGAGCAGGCCGAAGAAGGAGAGGAGAUGACGGGCGACAUUAACGACUCCGUGGACUUUGUCCUGCUCAAUUUUGCUGAGAUGAACAAGUUGUGGGUGCGAAUGCAGCAUCAGGGUCACAGCCGGGAUCGGGAGAAGAGGGAAAAGGAGCGUCAGGAGCUGAGGAUCCUGGUGGGCACCAACCUGGUCCGGCUGAGCCAGCUGGAGGGCGUCAACGUGGACAAGUACAAACAGAUCGUUCUUUCCGGCGUGCUGGAGCAGGUUGUGAACUGCAGAGACUCCCUGGCGCAAGAGUAUCUGAUGGAGUGCAUCAUCCAGGUGUUCCCAGAUGAGUUCCACCUGCAGACCCUGAACCCCUUCCUGCGCUCCUGCGCCGAGCUUCAUCAGCACGUCAACGUCAAGAACAUCAUCAUCGCCCUCAUUGACAGACUGGCCCUCUUCGCCCAUCGAGAAGAUGGACCCGGAAUUCCAGCUGAGAUCAAACUGUUUGACAUCUUCUCUCAGCAAGUGGCCACUGUCAUCCAGUCUCGACAGGACAUGCCGUCCGAGGACGUGGUCUCCCUGCAGGUGUCGCUCAUCAAUUUGGCCAUGAAAUGUUACCCUGACCGUGUGGACUAUGUAGAUAAAGUGUUGGAGAGCACCGUGGAGAUCUUCAACAAGCUCAACCUAGAACACAUAGCAACCAGCAGCGCCGUGUCCAAGGAGCUCACCCGGCUGCUGAAGAUCCCGGUGGACACGUACAACAACAUCCUGACGGUGCUGCAGCUCAAACACUUCCCGCCGCUCUUCGAGUACUUCGACUACGAGUCGCGCAAGAGCAUGAGCUGCUACGUGCUGAGCAACACGCUGGACUACAACACCACCAUUGUGUCCCAGGAGCAGGUGGACGCCAUCUUGACCCUGGCGUCCACGCUCAUUCAGGACCAGCCCGACCAGCCUGCUGACGAUCCCGAUCCGGAGGACUUUGCAGAGGAGCAAAGCCUUGUGGGUCGUUUCAUCCACCUGCUGCAUUCUGACGACGCUGACCAACAGUACCUUAUCCUCAACACAGCCCGCAAACACUUUGGUGCCGGGGGAAACCAAAGGAUUCGCUACACUCUUCCUCCUCUGGUGUUUGCGGCCUACCAGCUGGCCUUCAGAUACAAAGAGAACUCUUCACUAGAUGACAAGUGGGAGAAGAAGUGCCAGAAGAUCUUUUCCUUCGCGCACCAGACCAUCAGCGCGCUCAUCAAGGCCGAGCUGGCCGAGCUGCCUCUACGACUCUUCCUGCAGGGGGCGCUGGCUGCUGGCGAGAUCGGCUUUGAGAACCACGAGACUGUAGCGUAUGAGUUCAUGUCUCAGGCCUUCUCUUUGUACGAGGACGAGAUCAGCGACUCCAAAGCUCAGCUGGCGGCCAUCACACUCAUCAUCGGCACCUUCGAGAGGAUGAAGUGUUUCAGUGAGGAGAACCACGAGCCUCUGAGGACUCAGUGCGCGCUGGCGGCCUCAAAGCUGCUGAAGAAACCCGACCAGUGCCGCGCCGUCAGCAUCUGCGCACACCUCUUUUGGUCAGGACGCAGCACCGACAAAAACGGCGAAGAGAUCCGGGACGGGAAGCGGGUGAUGGAAUGUCUAAAGAAAGCGCUGAAGAUCGCCAACCAGUGCAUGGACCCCUCGCUGCAGGUCCAACUCUUCAUCGAAAUCCUCAACAGAUACGUGUGCUUCUACGAGCGGGAAAAUGAUGCUGUGACUGUCCAGGUGUUGAACCAGCUGAUCCAGAAGAUCCGGGAGGAUCUUCCCAACCUUGAGGCGAGCGAGGAGAGCGAGCAGAUCAACAAACACUUCCACAACACACUGGAACAUCUUCGCCUGCAGAGAGAAUCCCCCGAGUCCGAGGGUCCCGUCUACGAGGGCCUGGUCCUCUAAAGUGAAGACACAUAUCGACGCACGUACGCGACUGCACACACACACGACAACACCACAGUCUCAUCCCAGCCAGUCAGAGGGGAUCCCAGCAUUCCCCCGAGCCCCAAAAACUCCCUCUAUCCAUAUUAUUAUUAUUAUUAUUCUCAUUAGAUACGAUGAUUUCCUCCCCGCUUGCCGAGCGACUGGUUGGCGAUGUGACAGAAGCGUGUCUGCUACACUGCACUUAACUCCCAACAAUUCCUCUCCGUUUGUCUCUUUAACAUGCAUCAUGUUGCUAGUUGACUAAUUGGCAGGAGUAGAAGUCACCGCCCUCGUCACAUGAUCACGUAGCGCAACUGCCGUGUUGUCUUCAGGUUCCACGUGCGCAUAGGACAAAACAGACACGACGGGUCGCCGGGUGUCCUCGACCAUUCUGAUGAUGUAACAAUGUCCGCGUUUGUGUGUCAACAUUUGGAAAAUGAUUUGUCGCAGCCUCUUUCUCGUCUCUUUCGUUUCGGAGGCGUCAUUGACCAGUUGUCUCCUUUUUUUUUUUUUUUUUUCUGUGUGCAUAGCCACUUGUAAAUCACGUCCAGGAAGAAUCUGACUAAAUAGGAAUUAUCGUUGUCAUUUACUGAAAUAAAGGAAAUUCUUAACAAUG